AUGGAUAACGACCAAGAGGCCCGUCCAUUAGGACAGGAAGCUAGUGCUACAUCAUCGGAGGACAGCCCACACCGCAGGGACCAUUGUGAUGACACAGGAGUUCGGCUCGGCAAUAGGUAUUUAUUAAGUACUGGAACAGAACCUGAUCUCGAUGAGUCUAUAGCGCGAAUGCGAGAAGCGAUUGAUCCACUGUCACCAGACAACCAAACCCAGGCAAGGUACAAAAGCAUUCUCGGUAAACUACUGAUCGAAAAAUUUUACCUCACAGGAGAAGCGUUUCCUCUUAACGAUUCCAUUAGCCUUGGACGUGAAGUGAUUAAUAUAACACCACUAGGCCAUCCAAAUCGCGCAGAAUAUUUAAAUACUCUAGCAAUUACUCUCAAUCUUCGGUUUUCCAAGUCAAAUGCUACAGCCGACUUGGAAGGUGCAAUCCAGCUAGGUCGGGAAACAAUAACCAUCACAUCCCCAGGCGCUACAAACCGGGAAAAGUACCUAAAUGACCUUGGAACUUGGCUUCAUGACAGAUACGUUAGAACAGGAGUGGUAUCCGACCUCGAAGAAGCCAUUCGGCUUGAAAGAGAGGCUGUUACUACAACUCCUAAUGAGCUUGACACGGCUAAAUACCUAAACAUUUUGGGAAAUCUCCUCAUUGCAAAGUAUGACAGAGCAGGAGACGGAGCAGAUCUCGAAGAAGCUCUCGCAAUUGGGCAGAAAGUUGUCAAGUUAACUCCAAAGGGCCACCCAAACUGGCCGGAACGUUUGAGCAACCUUGCAAGUACUCUCCGCCACAAAUACUUAAGAACAAAGACCCUGCCUAAUCUUGAACGAGCCUUCCGGAUGGGAAAACUCGCUGUGGCUAUUAUGCCAGAGGGAUAUCAAGAGCAGGCAACCUGUUUAAGUGUUCUCGGAAAUGUGCUCUAUGACAAGUAUCUCAGAACUGGCGCUAUAUCUGACCUCGAGGAAGCUAUCCGGAUUGGGCAGAAAGCUCUGGAUUUGACCACAAAGCAUCAUCGUGACAGGGAAUCAUACCUGAGCAAUCUUGCUAUUAUGUUCGACGUAAAAUACCUUAGAAUUGGGAUGAUAUCUGACCUCGACGUUGCUAUCCAGCUUGGACGCGAAGCUGUUGAUACAUCACCAGAAACCCAUAUAUGCUAUCCUGGGCGUUUAAAUAACCUUGGAAACCGAUAUAGGGAAAAGUAUUUAAGGCUAGCGCUGAUGUCUGAGCUUGAAGAAGCCAUCCGCCUUAUACAGAUGGCUGUGGAUCUAACAGAAGACUGUCCAGAUUAUGCCAUGUAUUUGAGUAAUUUAUCAGCCACAUUUGGUGACAAAUACCUGAGAACCAGAGAAGACUGUGAUAUUGAGAAUGCUAUUCAGUUUGGACGUAAGGCCCUCGAUAUAAGUCCAGCAAGCUCUAUUGACUGUGCAAGACGCUUAAACAACCUUGGGAUCCUGUUCGGAUACAGAUAUGAAAAGAGAGGAGCUAUAUCAGACCUCGAAGAGGCUAUCCGGCUCGGGCGAGAUGCUAUCAAUAAGAUGCCAGAGGAGCUUCCAGAACGAGCAGGCGUUUUGAAUGAUCUUGGAAUGCGACUUGGGAGAAAGUACAUAAAAACAGAAGACAGGGUCCACUUACAGGAUGCUCUUUCAUGCCAUCAAUUGGCUCUGCGCCAACUUACUGCUUCAAUAAUGACACGGAUAACGGCUGGGAGGGAGAUUCUUCAUCAUUGUGCACUAAUUUUAGACUGGGAUGGAGCUUACGAGGCUGCUGAGGUUGCUCUUCGCCUAAUUCCCACGCUUACCACGCGGUCUCUCACAAACGCUGAUAAGCAGUAUAUACUUAGCCAAGUGGUGGGCCUUGCGUCCGAUGCGGCAGCGGCAUCGUUGAAUGCAGGUAACGGACCAUUCGUUACCCUUGGCCUGCUCGAACAAGGUCGAGAUGUUCUCGCAUCAUCUCUCGAAGAAAUACGGAUAGACGUUUUGGAGCUACAGCAGAGGUACCCAGAACUGGCCCAACGGUUUUUGCAAUUACAGAACGAGCUAGAUUUACCCGAUCCUGGCAGCUUUCCUUUUCAGGCAGACAGUGGGGAAACUCUUAUGCAGAAGGCGAGUCGCCGAUACGAGGCAGGAAAGGAAUUUGACUCCCUUAUUUGUGAAAUCCGCGAGCAGCCUGGUUUCAAAGAGUUCUUGCUUCCACCUACCGACACAGAAAUUUUAGCUACCGCGAAACAUGGUCCCAUUGUCGUUAUAAAUGUGAGUCAAUAUCGGUGCGACGCAAUACUCAUCGAGCAUCAUCAGAUACGAUCCCUAGGCUUGCCUCACCUCCGCAGCAAGGAUGUCAUUAAAAGGGCAGAAGCCGCGAACCUUGCAACCUUUGAACAUUUGGUUUGGCUAUGGGAUAAUGUUAUGGACCCAAUUCUAAAUGCUCUAGGCUUUACGGAACCCCCGUCCGAUGCGAAUUGGCCCCGUGUAUGGUGGAUUCCCACUGGUACACUUAGCAAGUUUCCUGUCCACGCGGCUGGUCGUCAUAUCGAAGGUUCCUCGUCAACUGUGCUUGAUAGAGUCAUGUCCUCAUACAGUCUAUCCGUCAAAGGAAUGAUAUCUGGCCGACGCCGUCAAUUAGAUAUCUUGGCCCCAUUUCAGGCGCUUCUUGUUGCUAUGGAUCAUACACCUGGAAGUUCUAGACUUCCGUUUGCAAUGAAGGAGGUGGAAGCAUUGCGUGGCAUUCUCGCUGAAAUGGCGAUCAACACUAUUGAGCCAGGUCGAACCAAAGAGAGCAUCACUUCCUAUCUGCAGCAAUGUAAGAUAUUCCAUUUUGCUGGCCACGGCUACACAGAUAGAAUUAACCCAUCUAGAAGUUAUCUACUUCUAGAUGAUGGGAAGGAAAACCCGCUCACAGUUGCCUCACUCUUGGAAAUGAAUUUGAGAGAGCACUCACCAUUUCUUGCUUAUCUCUCCGCCUGUGGUACCGGACGGAUCAAAAACGAGAAAUUUACUGACCAGGGCAUUCAUCUCAUUUCUGCAUUCCAACUUGCGGGGUUUCGACAUGUAAUUGGCACGCUGUGGGAAGUUAACGAUGCAGUGUGUGUGGACAUUGCAAGAAUUGUAUACGAAGCACUGAGAGAUGGUGUGAGAGCGAUCACAGAUAAGACUGUGUGUCAAGGGCUUCAUAAUGCAAGCCGAGUACUUCGGGACCGUUGUUUAACCAUGCCAAUAACCGCAACUAUCACCAGGGCAGUAGGAGAGCCUAGUUUAGAUGCCGACCUCCGCGAUAUUGUUUUAUGUGAUGACGACGACGAUGACGACAACAACGGUCAAACAUUGACACUGCCUUGGGUUGCGUAUGUUCACUAUGGUGUUUGA